AUGUACUUCACUCUCCACUGUGCUUUGCUGCUGUGUUCCACCCGCUUUCCAACUUCCACUGCUCGCCACCUCUCACCUCUAUAUUACGCACACCAAGCGCCAAACCAGCAGCUUGUCACCUCCUCCUCCCAUCGCGUAGGAGAUCGCAGAGAGAGAUCGAUCGAAUGGCUCGCGGAGACGCAUGCGCCGCCGUCGCCAUGGCGCCUAACGCGCGCGUCCUCCUCGUCCUCGUGGCCACGCUCACCGUGGCUCUCCUCGCGGCGCCGGCGCCGACGCGGGCGGCGUGGGUGGACUACCCGUCGGGCGUGCCGUGCGGGGUGACCGUCCCCGUGGAGCAGUGCGACCCGGCGGACGCGGCGGCGAACAGCGCGUGCAUGGACAUGUGCCACUACGGCGGGUGCCGGCGCGGCGGGCGGUGCGUGUCCCUCGGGUUCGGCAGGGGCAGGGGCUGCCAUUGCAAGUGCUAGCUGGCCGAGCUGUUGCCGAAAAGCAGCGGCAGGCAAACAGUGAGCAAUCAAGCUGCGGUUGGUAGAUGCCUGGUUUCUACUGGGUCUUUGCCCACUGAUUUUGGUGGCUUCUUUUGGCGUUAACAGAGUCAUGCGCAAAUGGUUGUACAUAGAGCAUUUUCCUUUUUAGUGACUUGGUCGUACGUACGGUAUGUGUGUCGGUAUCGAUACUGCUCAUUUUUAUUUUCAUUGAUUUUGAUCCGAAUUUUAGUUGAGCUACGUAAGAGGCGAUUUCGGUUUACGUUCUGGAAUAAUCCGUGUUAAAUAAUAGUUGUUGUUGUUCACUGUUUAUAAAUAUAUAUUGUAAGUCACAUAUGGAGUUGUGAAACGGUAUAAUUUCAUUUGCUUUUGUUUA